AUGAAGAAAUUAGGAAAAGAUUGUUUGGAUGAUCUUUUAUGGUACAACUUGGAUACAUGGUGCAAGAGGUAUUUUCAGGACUAUAAUAAAUGUGAUGUUAUGGACAACAAUAUGGCAGCAAGCUUUAAUGCUUGGAUACUGCCUGCAAGGUAUGAAACAAUCAUCACAAUGCUUGAGGAGAUAAGGGUGAAGAUGAUGAAAAGAAUUGGUGAUUUGAGAGAGUUCUCAAACACUUGGAUCACUAAUAUAUCUCCUAUGUCUUUGAAGAUUUUGCAAGAAAAUAUUGAAAAGUCUAUGCAAUACAUUGUUAGUAGGAGUUGUAGUUGUAGAUCUUGGAAGCUCAGGGGCAUUCCUUGUCCUCAUGGUGUUGCUGCCCUUCAUUACAAGGAGUUGGAACCAAUCAAUUAUGUGGCUAGUUGUUAUAGCAAGGAGACCUACCUCAGCAUAUAUGCCUAUUUUAUUCAGCCAAUGAAUAACAUGAAAAUGUGGCCAACAUCAAAUAAUCCAAUUAUAAAGCCACCAAAGAUCAAGAAGAUGCCUGGAAGACCAAGUAAGGUUAGAAUAAAGAAAGCAAAUGAAAGCAAAAAAAUUGAAAAGCUUAGCAAAAGUGGUUCUGUUAUGACUUAUAGCAAAUGUGGUACACAAGGACACAAUAAAAGAGGCUGUCCUACAAGAAAUCAAGUUGGUCCAAGUCAAUUAGCUAGACCAUCUUCUCAGGCAAGAGGUACUGGUCCAAGUCAGUCAGCUGAACCAUCUUCUCAAACACAUACUUUUAUUUGUUACUUUCAAAUGUAA